AUGGUUGGAGUUGUUAUUAAACAAUCAGCAUUUCUUGUUGUUAUUACAUCAAGAACAUCAUCAUUGGAAAAUUGUAGUGUAGAUUGUACGUUAUUAUAUGAUAAUCCAGAUAUGUCAGCAGUACAUUUUAUUAAUCAAAAACCAAUUACUUUUAAUAGUCAAGUUAGUGAUCACAAUUCAAUGAAUGUUGAAUUACGUAUACUUGUUUUAUCAUCUCAACAUGAAGAUAUGUUAUUUAGAAUAAAAUUUGAUUUAUAUAAUCCACAAAGAGAAAAAAUAGAAACACUUUAUAGUGAACCAUUAAGAGUUAUUUCAAAAGCAGAUAGUGGAAAGAAAAAAGUAAGAAUAACCAAAAGUACUACAUUAUUUCAAACUACUCCUUCAAGACUUAGUACAAGUACACAACAAACAAAACCACCUCGUCUUCCAUGUUCAUUAAAAAGAGAUUCACCACCAUUACCUAAAAUCUCACAAAGAGAAUUAACUGAAAGUGAAAAAGAAAAUAUUAUUCAAACAUUACAAUAUCAACAAACCAUUCUUAAAGAAUUAUCUCAACAAUCAUCAACUAACCCAUUAACAUAUCCAUUAGUUGAAACAUUAAAUAUUUAUUUGUCACUUCCUCAAACACAAAGAAUUCCACAAUUACUUAGAUUUGUAUCUGAUUUAUCACCUCAAGAAUCUAUGGUAAUAAAUGAAUUGUUACAAACAUAUAGAGAUUAUAAAAAAAGUCAAUAA